AUGUCGAAAUGGUCGAAAUGGGAGAUAACCGAAGAGAAAACUGACAGGAUUGCGACUCGAGAAGAUAUGGCAGAGUACGUGGAGAUUCAGGAAAAAGAAAUGGAAGAGGUUUUUGACAAAUUUUAUUUCGAUCGAAUGAUGGGACACAUCAAUGAGGUUAAAAAGUCGUGGAGUGAUUUGGACAGAGAUCAACGUUUGAAAUAUUUCGAAUCUAUCAAAAUUGACGUGGAAAACAUUCUGGAAGAACAUCCGAAAUUCACGACCAGCGAUUAUCAGGCUAUGAGCCACUUGGAAUUGUGGGUCCGAUGGCGUCAUAAUAAUAGGGUGAAAAUCAAGAUGCUGGGAUCAGAUGAGGAAGAGUCGGAGGCUGAGCCAAACGAGGCACCUAAUUGGUCAAUUAAGUGCCACGAGUUUUUCAGGAACUGUAAAACUUUUGUGAAAUCAAUUCCAUCGAAAAUUGUGAAGAAUUCAAAAAAACACUCAAAAAACUGA